AUGGAAGGUACCGUCUUGGUUCACCACGGCCCGUACGAGUCCAUCCCGGAGGCUGCUUCACCAGGUCUCAAAUUCCUGCGACGUUUCCUACCAGCGCUCGACUCCUUGAAUCCAGACGUAGACCGCAUUACCCCCUUCUUCACCCCCGGCGCCCCGAUCCUCAUCGGCAGCAGUCCCCCGACGGCUGCAAGCCAGGCAGUUCCCCUGCUUGAAGUACGCAGCCAACAUCUCGCCCAAUUCCAUCACCAUGUCCAUCUAGCUUGGGACAUUGAUCUAGGGAAGGACAAGGGGCCUGUCUACACAUCAUACAGCAGGGCAGCCCCGGACGAGGAAACCGCACAAAGAGGCCAGCUCUAUGCACCGCUAGCCGGGGAAAUCCAAAUGAAGCGCACGGUCAUGUUCGAGGCGACUUCAGAAACGAUCUUCAAAACAGACCCGGAUCAAUUCGCUGUUCGAGUUCGCGAGUUCAACAUUCUUGAUUUGGAGGGGAGCGAGGAGUCGGAUCUGCAGAUUGUUGAGAUGCGGAUAUACUUGGAUCAGAGACCUAUCCAGGCCCACGCGGCAGCUUUAUUUGGAAUUUCGGCUUAUGCUGGAUCGUAA